AUGCUCGGUAAUGGAGUCCAAGCGCUCAACGAAAUCCUUAUAGUGAUUGCUGGUCUUCAAAGCUUUGACCCGCGCUGCACAAAAAUGGCUUCGUCAAUCGCAUUGGAUCUUUCCACCGCUUCUGGCGUUGAAAGCUAUCUGGCCAACACCCAGUUUGCCGCGACACGCGUAGUCCCUCUGGCUGGUGGCGUUGGAAACUUCACAUUCCGACUCUUCUUGUCGACACCUCAUAACGGACAUAGGACCGUCAUUUUGAAGCACGCAAAGCCAUACGUUGCACUCUCGCCAGACUUUCCAUUUUCCGUGGACCGUCAGAUCUACGAGUCGCGGGCACUGGAGGAAGUCAAGAAGAGCGGCGUUUGCAGUGACCUUGUGGACGUUCCAGCGGUUAUCCAUCAUGAUAAGACCGCAAAUUUCCUCAUCAUUGAGGAUUGUGGCGAGCAAGCGCUUACCCUCAAGCAACUGAUGCUCACCGCGACACCCACACUCGAGACUGCAACCCGGAUUGGCGCAGCACUGGGAGAGUUUCUCGGCAGGUUUCAUGCGUGGGGGCAAGAACAGAAGGAUUUGCUGGCAUUUUUCGAUCAAAAUGAGCAAGCGAAGAAUAUCACGGCCAUAAUCACAUACGGACGUCUCAUACCCAUGCUCACCACGCGGAAAGUGCCCGCAGUAGAACUGCUCUCGGAGCCCAUACCUCAGGAGGAUCUCGAUGCUAUCCAAGCUAUCGUAGACGAGCGCACCGCUCAAAUUCAUACUGCCAAAACCGCCCUCACCAUGGGCGACUUUUGGACAGGCAAUGUCCUGAUCAACAUGGAGCCUUCUUCCGGCGAAUUCCUCCAAGCCAACGUGAUUGACUGGGAACUCGCAAAACCCGGCAUCCGAGCCCUCGAUGUUGGUCAAUUCUGUGCAGAGAUGCACUGUGUCAGCAUUUUCCACCCAGAAAAGGCAAAUUCGGCAGAUGCGCUGAUCAAGGCGUUCCUCGCCGAGUAUCGUCUGCAUUGCGGCGAGAUGGAAGAUCACUUGGCGGGGACGGCCGCUAAACAUAUUGGAGCGCAUCUGGUCACAAUUGCCCCAACGGUCGGAUGGGGCCCACCAGACGAAUCAGUCAAAGCUGUACAGGAGGGAUUGACCUAUCUUUGGGAGGGCUGCUCCUCUAAAUGGUUGCGUGAACGAUCAAUGUUUGCGCCGCUCACAUAG